GGAAAAAAAAAAAGAGGAAAAAGAAAAAAUGAAAAAGAGCUGUGCAAGCUGCCGCAAGGAGCUAAGAUGAACCAAUAAGAGAGUUCCAAGUAACCCCCAUGCACGCGCCGCCCAACCUACUCGAAACAGCAGCAGCCCGGAAACUCCCACCGCCGCUUCAUUCCACCCUUUCCCUCCCUUAUAUAUACAUAUGUAUAUAUAUGACCCAUAUUUCUCCGUUUCCCCUACAGAAAGGAAAAAAGAGAAAUAAGUUAAAAAUGAGCUUCCAAAGAUUCUACGAGGGAUGGUUGGAGCAACUCCGGCACCUGAUGAUCCAACUGAACCAGUCGCCGCGGCCGCCGCUCACCGACGAAGACCACCAACAGCUCCAGUCUCUGGUCCAGAAGACCAUGUCCCACUACACCGAAUAUUACAGGGUCAAAUCCCUGGUGGCCAAAACCGACGUCCUGGUCAUCUUCGCGGCGCCGUGGUCCACCACCAUGGAACGUUCCCUCCAUUGGAUCGCCGGUUGGCGGCCCACCACAGCUUUCCACCUCAUCUACACGGAGGCCAGCAUCCGUUUCGAGUCCCAAAUCAUCGAUAUCCUUCGCGGGCUUCGGAAUGGUGACCUGGGUGAUCUUUCCCCGGCCCAGUUUCGCCGGGUCAGCGAGCUCCAGUGCGAAACCGUUCGCGAAGAGAAUGCCAUCACCGAUGAACUUUCUCAAUGGCAGGAUGGGGCGAGUGAUUUUCAAGAUAUGAGGGAAGAUGUGGAAGAGAAGAUGCAAGUGUUGGGGAGAGUGGCAGAGAAGGCUGAUGAUCUGCGGCUUCAGACGAUUGUGAAGCUGGUGGAGUUGCUGACACCCCGGCAGGCGGCGGAGUUCUUGAUCGCGGCGGCGCAUUUGCAGAUUGGGGUUCGUGGAUGGGGUGUGGAUUUCGAUCUCCACCAUAGUUAG